AUGGCCUCGGUGUGUGGCCCUGCGGCCUCCACUCAGCCUGCCUUGCCCUCCGGACCCGCUGUCUUCAAGACCAUCCCCUACGCGUUCAUGCUACCGGAGAUACUCUGCGGGACCUGGGUGUGGAUCCUUGUCGCCGCUACCACCGUCUCCUUCCCGCUGCUGCAGGGAUGGGUGAUGUACGUGUCCCUCAGCUCCUGCCUCAUCUCCCUGCUGCUCCUCUUAAGCUACCUCUUGGGCUUUCACAAAAACAGCGAGAACUGGAAAGUGCUGGUAAGAAGGGGCUGGGACACCGGCAGAUGUUGGCAGCAGCAGUGUGGGUGCAAGACCACCGUGGCUGGCGAUGGGUUAGCUGGCCAGCUGCCGGCCCUUCUGCAAACCACCAGCCCUUUUUCCUCCUUUUGCCUCGAUUGGAAAUGCCAAGUGAAGCUGUGCUAUGCCAUGGGUGCUGCCUGGGCACAGGGGAGGGUUCGGCAUGGUUACGAGGGUUUGGUCCCAGCCCCUGUCUGGGCGUGUCCGUCCCGUUCGAGCACUCGCAUGUGCAGAGGAUGGACCUCGUCCUCAGGGCGAAUCAGAGGAGGACAGUCCCGGGCAGGCUUUGAUCCUCGCCGCUCCCUUGUUUUGCAGGACAGUUUGUACCACGGCGCCACAGCCAUUCUGUACAUGAGCGCUGCUGUCUUGCAAGCCAACGCGACCAUCAGAUCUGAGUUAAGCCCCGACUCGACGCUUCACUACCAGCUCAACAGCGCUGCAUCGUUCUUCGCCUUCAUCACGACCUUCCUGUACAUCCUCCACGCCUUCAGCAUCUACUACCAGUGAAGCCCGGCAACGCCGGCUUCACCUCUGCGGAACGAGGGCUUUCCCAGCGCGAGGGGUGCAGCUGUCUUCCACCAAGGUGUCCCUGCCCCGGCCCUGUCGCCCACCCCGUGGGGAUAGCGGUUGCUUUUUCACUUCACUGAAGAAGGGGUUUUUGUACCGUGGUGUCGUGCCGGUGUGCUUGUGGGGACAUUUUGUGCCUUGCCCGUGGGCUACGCAGGGGGAGGGACUGGGUGCAGGCUCCAAGCCAGCCUCCCACUCUGAUGUUCCGCCAAAUAUAGAUGACCAGG